AUGUUUCCAACAAAUGGCUCCUCAGAAUUCUGGAAUAUCUACAUAUGUAUUCUGCACAGAGUGCAACAACAGAGCAAAUUCCUCAUCCAGAACAUUAUUUACACGUCUACAAGUCAGGCUGUAAAGGAUGAGCUGUUCCCUCUGCUUCGGCCCAAUUCAAACUUGGACACAAAAAGUGGACUGGAAUGGCAAAGUACCCGGGAUUAUCCAAAAACGCUGUUAUCCCCGUCAAUAUUUGGACUAUGGAGCUCAACACCAAGCAGCAUCCCAAAUCAGAAUGAUUGUGCUCAGAUAAUAAAUACCCAGAGCGGUCGACAAAUAAGGAUCACGUCUCCAUCUUGUUGUAUUGGUGCGCACUUUCUAGCCGACCUUCAGACUAAAGAGGAACUACUUAACCCUAGAUUUAAAGGUCCUGUUAAGCCGGCUUUCAUCGGAGAGGUGAAUAUUCCCGGCGUCGAUAACGCCGGAGGAUGGUAUGGCAAUGCCCAACUAAGUGCUGCCCAAAUCUCACAUGGACGGAGUUUUCGAACUCCAGCACUGGCCCUUUGGGAACUUGCAGGGUCUUCCACACGAAGCAUCACACGCGAAGACAAAAGAGUCAUCACCAUUCAAAGUUUAAUUCGACAGAAAGGGACAAGAUUCAACCGUGGCUAG